UAGUAAGAUCUGAUAUAAUAGAAAAUCUGAAAAAAUUACAAAAUUUAUAAGAAACUAAACAAGGCCUAAAUCGUGAGUAGGAAGUAGGGGGGCACUAUUGAUGUGGUAAAUCCAUUAGUAUUGCUAGCACUGCGCACUGUAACUAGCUAGUAGUUUUUACGAAACAAUAUUAUAUUAUUUGGUGCUGGCUUCACAGCUACUCCUUUUGCGAAAGAAAAAUUGCAACAUUUGUGCUACUUUCUUCAUCUUUCCAACAUUUAUGCAUCAUACAGAAUAAUAACAUAGCAUUCCAUUUUUCGCAUGGAGAGUGUUCGUUCAUCCAAGUAAUUAAGGCACACUUCGUACAGAAGAUGACUAGAAAUAUAAUGAGUAGAUCGAGCUAAUGGUUGGUCACUACGGAUGCACGUAGACGCCCAAGGCAUCCAGCAGGGAUCCUGACCUCCAAAAGAAACCCACGACGCGGCCGCCGUUGUGCACCGGGACGCUGAAGGGCGUGCCCUGCCGCGGCUCGCCAAACGGCCCGUGCUUGCCGGCGUUGGUGACAAACGUGAGAGACCUCACGAUGCCUCGUGGCCGUCGAAAGCGCCGUACGUCCCGGAGAUCUCCUUGACGACCUCCGUGUCGGCGAACCUGACCUUGUGCUUUUGGCCGCCGGAGCCGCCCCACCGCCCUGUGCUGUGCGACGUGCCGUCGAUGCCGGCGUAGGUGAAGGAGAUGGCGUCGACGGCGGCCGCGCAGCGGAUCACCACGCCCUCGAGCAUAGGCGGACCCAGGGCCCGGCGACCCUGGGCUCCUGCCCGGGCUCAUCUUCUUUGGGCCCUUAAGGUCCACUACUACUCCCAGGCUGUUACGAUCAAUUUGGGACCGAGCGCAGCCACGCCGUAAAUGCAUGAUGGAAGCGAGGCGACGCUCGAUGGCAAGACUGGUGGCCGCAGCGGCGCUCCCAAAUCCCUAGAAUCAACUGCGCCCGGAGAUUGAAUCACCAGCCAUGGCAACAGAUCCCUUUUGCCUUUGGCAAGGAAAGCAGCAAAGCGCUGCGGCGACCGGUGACCUACCGCAAGGUGCAAGCUGUGCCGGAGGCCAGAGCACCACGACUGCACAUCUCCACGGUCUGCUAUUACCUGACGACAAGCAACUAGAGGUGCAUCUCUCAGCAGCGAGUGUUAAAUUGGUCUUCUCAGUUAGUAGCAAUGGCAGACCGUCAGAGGAAACUUAGCCAAGCAGGGAUGAGGCGUUUUUUGGUUGAUACAAGGAAUCAAGGCACUGGAAUUCAUCAAUCCGAGAGAAACUCAAACUUGGAAGAGCCACGUGAUGGUGUGCCAAAUCCAGAUCAGCAGCAACCAAGUAUCGGCAAUGUAACUAGAAAUCUUCUUGAGUUGGUUGAUUUUUUAAAAGAUAACAAUGAAGAAGUUAGAUAUGCCUACGACCAUGGUGGGUUAAAUUGCAAGAUGACUUCCCACAAAAUUCAAAAGGAUUUUGCAAGAUGCUGUGCAGAAGAGGUAACUGAAGCAAUUAUGGGAGAGAUUGGUGAUAGAAAUUUCUCUGUUCUUAUUGAUGAAUCACGGGACAUUUCAGUUAAAGAGCAAAUGGGGGUAGUUUUAAGGUAUGUGAAUGCUAAAGGGAAUGUCAUCGAACGAUUUCUUGCGCUUGUACAUGUCAGAGAAACUACAGCUGAUUCACUAAACGCAGCAUUAUUUGGAGUUCUUGACAGGCACAAGCUAUCUGUUUCUCGUAUACGGGGGCAAGGAUAUGAUGGAGCUUCAAAUAUGAGAGGUGAAUUUGGUGGCUUACAGAAACUGGUGAGGCAUCAACAGGAAGAGGCUUAAAUCAGGAAACCAACCUUACUAGACCUGGGGAUACAAGAUGGGGAUCACAUCAUACUACUUUGAUUCGUUUGUAUCAAAUGUGGGACUCAGUGAUAGAGAUGUUGCGUAUAGUCCAUGAAGAUGGUAGAGUACCAAAUC